AUGCAUGGGAAGCGGCUGUUUGCGCAGGUAAUGGAGGCUUCACCGAAACGACGCUUCGUUUGCGCAUUAUACCCUUAUUUGAGCAUCUCCUACGAGGGCCACCGUAACACUGAAUCUCCGCCCAUUUUCCAUGGUUUCUUUGACCGGCAGUCAUGGUUCAUUUGUUCGUUUCUGUGUGUGAUCGCUUGACUUCGUUUUAUUAUUCCAAGAUUGAAAAAACAGUAGUUUCAACUUUGUAUUUUCAAAUAAAGAAAAAAAACAAAAAGAAUACCAAACGGUUUUCGAAAAGUACACCGGAAGCUUUUAAAAGAGAGUUGUCGAAAAAUUUUUAGGGAAAAAAAAAAUCUUUUUUGAGCGAUUACUCAUUGGACUUUGAGAGAACGUUUUUUUUCUGAGUAAAACGUAAAGAUUAUAAUUUACGAACAAAAACGACAGCUUUUUUUCCCGAUUUCUUAUCAUUUUAUCGGAGAAAUCUGCAAAUUCAUUGUUCAUGAACGUACGCAAAAAACUUCCGGCGUGAAAAUGUUUUUCAAUUCCCUUCGCUCAUACUUUGUUCUUUCUUCUUUGAAAUUUCUACGAUUUCCAGUCUCUCAAAAAGAUAUAUAUUUCUUUCACUAAUACGAGUGAGUGCACUUUUGAAUCUUUUUUCUGUGAAAUUAUCGGAUUCAUUCUAAAAUUGUUACAGAUGAACAGAUGCGAGCCACUUCGAUAGUGUUCAUUGCGCUAUUUAUUAUAUUUCUAAUUAUCUUUCACAUCUACGGGUUACUAGAAAUUGUGCAAUUCAUCACUUCCAACACCGAGACCAAUGGUCCGUUGCCCAUUUCCGAAAUCGCCUGGACUAUAAGAAAAUUCAGAAAAGUCAACAGACGAAAAAACGAGGACCACGACAUCAGAAGCGCCAACGACGACAGAAGAAGUGACGUCCACAACGACGACCACUUCUACUGCCAUAACGACGACUACAGCUUCUCAGAAGUCGACUAGAAGACCUUGGCAUCAUCACAGAAUAUCGACGAAGUUUUUGUACAAGGUCAUUCAAAGAUUCUGGAUUAUAAUUUCAGAAGGCCACACGUCCAUGAGUCAUACCACGAUAAUGAAAUCCGGCCAGCCGUUGUCCUUCAGGUAAAAGGAUAAACGGUUUUUUUUUCUUUAGAAGCAUGUUUGUUCAGACCCCCGAACCUGAAGAUAAGGAAAGGACGGAAGGAAGUUUAGAACAAAUCGGCGACGACAUAAAUAAAAAUCAUCCUUGGCCAGCUGUGAUUGUGAGUUGAAAAAGUGCUAAUGACCCAGGAUAAUAAGAAAGUUAGGAACGUAAUUCACUAACUAAGAAAAAAAUUUUCAAACCUUUUCUUCAAAAAUUCAAAUCUUCUCCUGGUCUUAUUUCCCUUUGGAUGUGGAGAACUUUAUUAACCAACAAAAAAUUCCUGCAGCCAAAGCCGCCGCCCAAGUUUGGCGUGGAGCGGAUCAAGGUGCACGUGUCUACAUUUCGAACGUUGACGUCUUCAACUUCAACGUCUACAUCAACCUCGACCUCGACAACGGCAGAAAGAAUCACGACAAAAAGGCCUCAUCAUCACCAUCACAUCGAUCAUCAUGCUCAUGGACACCAUAAUCACCAUCAUCACCACCACAAUCGUCAUCACGUUUACCCAGAACCGAGGAAAGAGCCCAUCAUACCAGGUUAAUCAUUAAAAAAAUUAUAAAACGGUUUGAAAAAUAAUGUUUUUUCAUAAAAAAUUCUAUAUUUAUUAGAAAAUUUCGGAAAAAGCCCUUGGAAUUUACAAAAAAAGCGUCUGAUCAGAAAAUUUUCCUUUCCUAACAGGGAAUUCAAUUUCAAACUUUAGCGAUACGACCUAAUGAAAAGCCACAACAGCCAGAGCCGCGGACAGAUCCUUUCAAUCCAGGUAAAUUACUUGAAACCCAUGACUUUCGACCGUUCUUCUAUUCAUCUUCAGCAUGGAGACAAGCCGAGAAGCCACUCCUGACACAAAGAAAUGAUGCUCUCAGUUCCAGUCAGUUUUGAUCCCCAUUAUUAUUCAUUCCUUUGUAUCAAUACGCUAUUUUUUUCUAUUCAGCAUGGAGACCUACUGUACCACCGAAUGAGCCAGUAACUCAAGAAGAAGUAAUUAGUACAAGUAAGUGUUAUUUUAAUAUCAACGAAUUAACUUUUUUUUUUCUUUGAAAUUUUCAUCUUCUUGAUUAUAGCUACAAGUGCAAGAGAGGAGCAAUCACAGCCACAGCCGGUGCCUCGAAAAGAAGAUAUCAGUCCAGGUUAGUUCUAAACUUUUCAAAACUAAUUUCAAGUUGAACUUUCUUUCCAAUGAUGACGACACUUCAGCAAUAAGACCCAACGAGAAGCCACGCCAACGGAAACCUGAGCCGGAACCUCUCCCGAUCCCCUCGAUCGAGUGAAUCGAAAAAACCGAAAACUCUCAAUCAAAAACUCUUCAGACGCGAGGUUACGAUUGUCACGGCGCUGAUUGACAUCGGAAGAGGCGAUUGGUGGGACUACAGAAGGCCUCUCGACAAAUAUCAUCAGUUCAUGGAAAAUCUACUAUCCCUUAGAAACAAUUUAGUGAGCCUUCUUUAAAAUAUUACAACUAACCUCCAACUUUCAGGCAAUAUUCACUGAUGAAAACAGUUACGAGUUUAUACAUAAAUAUAGGAAGAAUCUUGGACUCAUGCAUAAAACAAAAGUGACUUCUUGUCUUGAAGAUCCUGAAGAAUUAUCUAGUUCCAGAUUUAUAAGACGGAACUCUCAGAGUUGCCUCUCUACAGGUAUAUCGAUGACGCCAGGAAAAUCAUAUCCGAGGAACAGGAUAGCAAAACCUUCUACCAGUUUGUGAAUAGAAUAGUUAUUGACGGAGACCAUCAAAUUCAGAAUCACGGGUGAAAAAGACAUGAAAAACCAUCCAGAGGCAAAAAGUGCCGAAUACGACGUUCUGGUCAAUUCAAAGACCUAUUUCCUGCACAAUGUGACAGUAAGAUCAAGUCUAGAAAGUUCAUGGGGUUUUAGCGACGGAUUCCAGCAAGAAGAUCCAUUCGGAACGGAGUUUUUCGUAUGGAUCGACGCCGGAUAUGGACACGGAAACCAGAGCAUCUUUCCUUAUGAAAAUCUCUGGCGACCAGCAUUCCCUUCUGGGAAAAUUUCACUAAUCAAGGUACGAAUAUACACUUUGAAGCUCAAAAUUCGGAAAAUUGAAGGUAACGCCAGAACGCGAUCUUCUCUCCGGGUACAAAGUCGACAAUCUCUACCGCAAAAACUGGGCCGUUCUCAGUGGAGGUUUCAUUGCAGGCGACAAACAGUGAGUCCAAUAUAGUGAACCUAUUGAAAAAAAGAAAUUUUUUUGUUAUCAAUUUUUUUGAAACUUAAGGAAAUUUUUUUAAUCAGUUCUUACUACUUUAUAUUCCUGAUAAAGGUUAAAAAUAUAUAAAACAAUAAACAGACUAUUUUCCCUUGAAAGUUGAGCUUGACUUUGAAAGUGUGAAAAUGUUGAACGAGAAAUAAAUAUGCCUUAAAGAUUUUUCACAAAGCAUAAAAGAACUUUAAAAAAACGUUUUUUUUUCCAGUUCAAUCGGGCAACUUCACACUCUAGUCCAUCGCAAAUUUAUUCAUCUCAUAUAUCAAAACAAAGUUGACGACGAUCAGGUACGACAGUUCUCUGGCAAUACAUUAUUAUGUUUUUUUAACAAUUUUUUUGAUCUUUUUAAAUUUAGAUGACUACCAAACAAUGUUGCGAAAAAUUGUGCAAAAAAAGCUUAUUUUUUUCGUCUUUUUCAGCCUUUAACUUUUUUUGCAUUUCUUUUUCCAAACAUUUCUAUCUAAAAAAACUUUGAAAAAAAGGUUUCAGAAUGGUAUUAUUAGAAGUAUUUGAACCAAAAACACAUCAUUAGCUUUGUUUUAAACACUAAUCGUUGUAUAUUUGAAAUUUUUUUUCACUUUACCUCAUCAUUUAGAGCACGUUACUUCAUGAAAAUGAAAAACUCCGUCCAUAAAACUCCAAGUUCAGACAGUCCUUGUCCUUGUCGUCAACUCUCAUCCUCAUCUUUUUUCCGUCACGCAGGGCGACUGGUUCGACGCCUUCAAACUGUUCAGCGUCGACGCCGAACGGCAAUUCGGAUGA